UGGGUCCUGUUUUUUGGGGUAUAAUAUGGUUUUUUGGGGGGUCGCAAAUAUGUUGGGGGGCUUAAAUUAUGUGGGGUGUGGGCUUCUGACUGGGGGGGCAGAGAAGGGAUGAGGAAAACGGAUCCUACUUGGGGGGAGAGUGCCCCCCCGGCACCUGUUUCUGAGCAAUGACCUCCAAGGCCAAGAAGCGGGUAGUGCUGCCCACACGCCCUGACCCCCCCAGCACGGAGCAGAUUCUCGAAGAUGUGCAGCGCGCCCAGCCCAACGACCCCGUCUUCGUCCUCCUGGCCGAGCCCAGCGAAGAUUUGCCCUCCCCUACCAAGAACGAAGACCCCGAGGCCAAGCGCGAGCGCCUCUACCGGCUGACCCAGUCGUACGUGGAGAUGAACCACCGCCUCCAGGUGGCCUGCAGCCUGCUCAAGGAGAAGUGUGAGGAGCUCAAGUUGGCCGGAGCCACCCUCGAGCAGGGCAUCUUGGAGAUGAAGCAGAGAGCCUUGUGAGAUGAUGCCCGCUCCGGGAGGCGGGCCA